UUUGUUAACGAAUGCCGGUUGUCGACCAUCAUUCGAUCUUUGUCAAUAAUUUUGUGGUGCUAGGUGGCAAAAUAAUUUUAAUUUUCCAAACAUCUGGGUUGUUCUCGAACCACAAUAACACAUUCUUAUGACCUCAUGAUGAAUUUGAGCGAAUGGAGGCCUCAAGAAAGCAUAAUAAAAAACAUCGAAGAGACUUUGCAGUUAGCAUUAGUACCAAAUAGCGAUGCUCAGAAAACUGUUCAGGACAGGCUAAUUCUUAUGAAAAAUUUGACAGACUUCCCAAAUUAUCUGUUAUUCAUUUUGGGAAAUCCAAGUUUUUCCGAAGAUAUUAGAUCCCUUAGUGGAAUUGUACUGAAAAAUAAUAUCCAAACAUCACAUGCUUCAUUAAGUUCAGAAUAUUUAAUGAAAAUUAAAAAUGAAUGUCUUCGCCUAUUGAAAGAUCCUUCAAGAGAUGUGAGAAUCAGUAUCAGUAACAUCAUUGUGAUAAUUGCUAAAGAUAACCUAAAAACUUGGCCAGAAUUAGUUCCUUACCUAACUAAAGGAUUUGUAGCUCAAGAUGAAUUCAGUGAGGUAGCAUUAACAACAUUAUUUAAAGUGUGUGAAGAAUUAAUAAACAGUCAAAAACCUCAAGAUGAAAUUUACAAGAUAACCAAAGAAGUUUUUCCAAAAUUUGUAGAAUUUGUGGGUCUAGAAAAAUGUAAUGUUCGUCAAAAUAUAGUAAGACUCACAAAUCAGUUUCUUCAAGAUUAUUUUUUGGUGAUGAAGCAAUCCAUUGACUUGGGAGUAUAUUUACGCCAUGUUAUGCAGCUAGCCAACUCUGAUGACCUGGAAAUACAAAAAUGUGUGUGCCAUACCUUUGUUAUUUAUAUUGACAAUCAUGAAGAGACACUGUUGCCCCAUCUGCAUGAUAUAAUCUGUUAUUUAUUAGAAAAAUGCUAUCACCAAGAUCAAGAUGUAGCUUUGCAAGCGUGUGAGUUUUGGUUAGCUUCAACUAAAAUUAAUACAUGUAAGGAUAUUCUUACACCAUACAUUGAAAAACUACUUCCUACUCUCUUAAAAAAUAUGCGCUAUUCUGACUCUGAAUUAAAUAUGAUUAAAGAUAGCUUGGGUUCAGAUGCAAAUAAAAAGGAUCUAUCAAAGGACAUUUCUCCCUUUCAUUUUAGAGAUCGAAAUAAUUCAACUGAAGGAGAAGAGUACUACAGUGAUGAAGAGGGUGAAGACCAAAGUGAUGAUUUUGAUGAUUUCUACGUUGGAUGGACAUUGAGAAAGUGCAGCGCAGCUUCCUUAGACUCUAUAGCGGUAAAGUUUGGUGAUGAAAUACUCCCCCUGCUUAUUCCUCUAAUUAGUGAAAUGUUACAGAAUCCUGAUCAUUUGAUUAAAGAAUCAGCCAUAUUAGCUUUAGGUGCGAUUGCAGAAGGUUGUUUCAAUGGUUUAAAAUCUGAGCUGCCUGAACUUGUUCAAUUUUUAAUACAUUGCAUGAAUGAUGAGCAUUCUGUUGUGAGAGUUAUUACUUGUUGGACAUUGAGUAGGUAUGUGUCUUGGAUUGUGAAUGUUAGAGCAGAUAACCCAGAAGAAUAUUUUGUACCUGUGAUGACUAUACUGUUAAAACAUUUUGUUGAUGAGAAUAAAAGGGUGCAGCGAGCUGCCAUCUCUGCUUUUUGUAUAUUUCAGGAAGAGGCUCAGUUAAAAUUAAUUCCGUACAUCGAUUUUAUUUUGGAAGGUUUUAAAUAUGGAUUUGAACAAUUUCAUUGUCGUAGUUUGUAUUUGUUAUAUGAUGCUAUAGGAGUUUUAGCACAGUCUGUUGGUAAUAAUUUAAGUAAAGAGGAUUAUGUCAAUAAGUUACUUCCACCUUUGAUGAACAAAUUUACUGAACUCAAAAAUUUCUAUGAUGACCAUUUUAUUGCAGUUUUGGAAUGUCUGUCUAAUGUUAUACCUGCUUUAGAAGCAUCAUUUGUACCUUAUUCUGAAAUUGUUUAUUGGCACUGUUUACAACUUAUUAAUGACACCCUUAUUGCUUCAGUUAAUUAUCAACAGAAUCCAAAUGAAUAUGAUCCACCAGACAAGGAACCUAUGAAUGUUGCGCAUGAUGUUUUGUACAGUAUGGCUCUAGGAUUAAAAACAUAUUUUGUGAAAUAUGUUACUAACAGUAAUCUUAUAUAUUUGCUGUACACUACAAUGCAAGACAGUUCAAAUUUAAUCAGACAAACUUCUAUUGCUCUGUAUGGAGAGCUAAUAGCAUUGUGUUAUCCAUUUUUAGCUUCUAGUGUCAAUGAGUACAUUCCACUGAUUAUUAAAAAUCUAGAUGAACAUACUGAUGGUGUCUGUAAUAAUGCUGCAUGGGUGAUUGGAAAGUUAUGUGCUGUUAUGGGCAAUGGAAUCCAACCUUUCCUUCCAGAAAUCCUUAAUGCCUUUGUUCAUAUAUUAAGAACACCAGCUGUAGCUCGUACCAUGCACAAAACUGUAGCUAUUUCCUUAUGCAUUGUAUUCUAUGUGUGCCCUGAUGUGACUAUUCCAGAAAUGGAUGUGAUUGUUAAGAAUUGCUGUAUGUUAGUUCGAAAUGUUAGGGAUUCAGAUGAGAAGGAUCUUGCUUUUCGAGGCUUGUGUGAGGUGAUUAUAAGGCAUCCAGAAUUCAACAAGAACUACUUCAUCUUCUUUUGUGAUGCUGCAGCUUCCUGGAUCAAUAUCCGUGUAGAUUUGAAGCAGACAAUCCGCACUGUUUUAUUGGGAUUUAAACAACAAUGUGGUGAGGAAAACUGGCGGCAAUUUUAUUGUCAGUUUCCUGAAGCUCUAAAACUUAAACUUCAAGAGUUAUAUGGGGUAUGAAAUAAACAUUCUACAAAAAACGGGGAAUUCGACAUAUGGGUGGGAAAGCUUGAGUGCACCUGCCUUGAGUUUAUCGCGUAAUAGUAUUUAAAUAUCGUCCGUGAGGGAGGGGCGUCUUGCCGGUAUCUUAGAGUCACGCGUUUUAAAAAAAUCGAGAAGGAUUUUUUUAGACAGAUUAAUUUUUUGUUUUAUGGGUAGUUUCUUAGUAAAUCAACUAAAUAAUGUUUAUUUAAUUAUUUUUAAGAUAUUCUAUAACAAAUAUGAUAAUUUACAUCAGUACUUAGGUAGUGUAAGUGUUUUUAUUUAACAAUUUCUUUGUUACAGAAUUGUACAUUUAAGACUUGAAUUAAUUAAUUCAUCUUUAGGUAAAUAAAUGGAAACAGAAUAUUACAUAUUUUGGUUUUCUUUUUAACAUCUCAUAAUGUUACAAGUAACACUCAAGUAUUUGUGGAUUUCAUUUAUAGAUUGAAACAUUUUUCACUUGUCCUGUUUUCAGGUUUACUGACUUACUAUCAUUGUCUUUCAAAUAACUGGCCUUAAGAUUUUUAUGUGCACAGAAGGUUAU